AUGUCGUCUGCUGAUGAGUUUGGUCUCUUUCGCCUUCCUUUGACGCUGAAUAAAGGCCACGUCGAUUUGAAGGUGGCUGAACGUUUAUUUGCAACCAAAAACAGGUAUCUUGAGCGAUUCACAGAAAGCCGACCUGAGCAUUAUGCCAACUGGAAUCUUCUUGGGAUGCUUGCCUUUCGGCUUGGUCAGUUUGAAGAAGCUUUACAGUACCUGGAUAAAGUCCUCUCUUCAGGCAAUGACCCUGAUAAUUUGAAUGCUCUUGCAAACCGCAAGUACAUCUGCGAGAAACUGUACCUGUUCACCGAGGCACGAGAUUGCGAGCAGAAGAUUGCAAGGCUGCUCGGACAGCCUGAUACAAAAGAAGGAAAAAGACGACUGAGAAUGCUACGUGCUCGAAGUAUUUCUGAACAGGCAUUCGCCUUCACAAACGAAAUCUUUGAAGAGUCGGUGACCAACAAAAAGGAUCGGAAAUCUUUUGACCUGUAUCAGGCAGCGAUUGAGCUGGCGGGAGAAGACGUCGCACAAUCCGAGCGUGAAGACUGGUUUUUCGAAUCAGGGUUAGCCUGUAAAAGAAUCUAUGGACAGAUAAAGUGGGACAAGUCCAAAAAAGAUGAAGUUAAACAGUUUUACCAAGAUGCAGUCAACAAUUUUAUCACAAUCGUUCAAAUCAGCGAUGAUGAGGAUCGGAAAAGCGGUGCUUGGAGACAUCUUGGAGACUUGUUCCACCAACCGAGAGACCUGCUUCCGUCCAUCCCUGAAACUUAUCGAGACUUCCUAGACCAACCAAACAAAUGCUUCGAAAAAGCUCUGUCUCUCUCCCCAAAUGAUCCAAAAGUUCUUAACAGUCAGGCAAAGCACUUUAAAGGUAAGAGAAACCAGAGCAAAGCUUUGUCUUUUCUACAAAAAUCCAUUGACCUGGUUGACUCAGAAUUCAAUCUCAGCGCACACAGGUCCAGAGCAAAAAUUUAUCUCUCCCAAUACAAGCAGCAACUCAAAGACUACGAAAAAUCUCGCGUUCCCUCAGAGAAACGUCCGGAUGAAACCUUACUGACACGGGCUAAAGAAGACCUCUCAUUGACCAUUAAAGACGUUUCUAAACCAUGGUACAAAGAAUCAAUGGCAGAAGUAUUGUAUUACACGGCAAGUCUUGCUAACGGGCGGUUAUAUCCUGGAAGAAAAGACGUCAUGCAGCAAGCUCUAAUGUACUGCGCCCAAGCCGUGGAAACUGCAGAUGGUUCAAAAAGAUCAAAAGUCCAUGAAUUGAGAGGCAAGGUCUCUGUGCCAUGGGAGAGCAUCAGGCGGCCUUAG